AUGUUUUCAAUCCCCUUACGAAUUUCGUUCCUCUUUGUCUUCGUACUCCAGUGUCUCCAGCCGCUAGUCUCUGCCGAGUUCCGCGUCACCUGUGCUCCGUUCAAGCGGGAGCGCAUCGACCCGCUCGCGACGCCCGGCAAGGAGAAUGGCCACAUGCACACCUUCUUCGGCAGCCGGGGGAUCGGUCCGGACGCCGUAACGGCCGACGAGCUCCGCGCGAGCUGCGGCAGCUGCAACGUCCAGGCCGACCGCAGCUCGUACUGGAUCCCGACCCUCUAUUACGUGAGCAAGAACGCCACGGUUCCUGUCAAGGUGGCCAUUUUUCACGUAUACUACCACGGCCAGAAUGCCGACCGCCAGCCCUUUCCCGCCGACUUCUCCAUCAUAUCGGGCAAUCCCAACCUGACUGAAGACGAAGCCCGCGCGCAAGGCGGCAUCGGCAUGGAAUGGAGAUUCGACGACUCAUCCGAGGAAAAGGAAUCCUGGCAGCUCCCGAAACAAAAGGGCAGCGGCUGGCUGCGCGGCAACAUUGGGUUUCCCACGUCCGUCGUCAGAGACGAGUCGCUCGGCCGGUACCGAGAGUGCGCAUCCAAAACCGAGACGGGCUGCUUCAACGUGCUCCGCAUGUUCUUCGCCAUCUGGUACGACCUGCGCGACGACUGGUUUGACUUUGAGGACGGCGCGUACCUGACUCUUUCGUCCGGAGGGGGCCACACGUAUCAUGGCGACUUCAUCAACGGCUGGGAGCCCAGCAUGGCCGAGCAGAUUGUCCGCGACACCAAGAACUACGUCCAAGCCGGCGAGACCAUCGGCGGCGAGGCGGGCGUCGCCCAGAGCCCAGCGUGCCAGAAGCUCGACGAAGAAGGCCCCUCGCUCCGCGACCUCGACUGGGACGCCAUGGUCGCGGCAAAAGCCGGCCACGGCACCGUCGAGCUGGGCGUCUACGGCCACGACCUGACCAUCACAGACGGCCAGAGCAUGAACGCCACGUUCAGCGGCAGAUGGGGAGAGGAGGCCGCGGCGGCGGGCGCGGCGGGAGACAGGCCUGCGGGGAACGCCGACGCUGCUGCGCCCGCGGCAACGUCGGCCGUCUCUGUCGUGCGCAGGCCUGUGGCGAGUUCCGUGGCUGCUGCGGAUGCGUCGGCCUCCAGCGUGGGACGUGCCGAGUUUGCCGGCGUCACGGCCGAAGCGUCCUCGGCUGCCGCUGCCGAGACGACGGGCGCCAGCAGCGCCAGUGACGCGCUGCCGACUGCGUCUGCUGAUGCCCUGAGCAGCGUCGCAUUUUUGCCUGGGGAGAGCACGACGGUCAUCUCCUGGGUUGAGACGCGGAGGCCCGUCUCUUCAGCCUGUGCGAAGAAGAACAAGAAGAGAGCCGUGAAGCUGGAGCUUUGA